UGAGACCUGCAGAGAGUAUUGGCGAGUAGGGACAGAGCAACACUUUUGUCCGUCAGAGGGAGUCGAGUAUUGGCACUGUUGUAGAUUCUCUUCAUCUGUCCCGCUGCUUCACAACAGAGUUGAUGCUUCACUUCUGCUCAACACGCGUCGCGCUCUCUGGAUUAAAUCCUAAACUACAGGCAAACAUCUCAGCAGAUCCACACAUUCACGAUUCACACGUGUGAAAGGCACAAUGUUGUGGAAAUUAGCAGAUAACGUAAAGUAUGAGGAUGAGUGCGAGCAAGAAAGACAUGAUGUUAGCAGCAACGGGAACUCCCGGUUACCUCACAUCCCUGCGGUGAGCCAGCACCUCUACAGCCCGCCUCCAUCCCUGUCGCACACGGCCAGCUCGGACUUCCAACCACCGUACUUCCCUCCCCCUUACCAGCCCCUGCCUUACGCCCAGUCCAGCGACCCUUACUCCCACCUGGGUGACCCGUUUAAUAUCAACUCGAUACACCAAUCAGCAUCUAACCAGCAGCAGUCAUGGCCCGGGCGACAAGGUCAAGAGGUCCUCGGAACCCACGGACGCAGCGGACUUGGCAGUCCAAUACUGGGCCUCGAGGGCGGCUCGUCCGGGAUGCGGCGCGAUGGUUUCAGGAGACCGGAGCUGCUCUCACAUCACGGGAUCGAGUCUAUAGCAGAUAACAUUGGGUUGCACGAGUUAGGCCACGGGUUAGAUGAGGUGCAGCACGAAGGUGAUCAUAAUGUUGCCAUUCCUGAUCAUACAGUCAUCAAGAAAGUGUCCCUGCCGAAAGGAAGUGGGUUCGGAAUGCCCUUUCAGAAGGAGCCUCUGCUGGGAAUGGUGUCCAAUCCCGCCGAGGUCUUCUGCUCCGUUCCUGGUCGUCUUUCUCUUCUCAGCUCCACCUCUAAGUACAAAGUGACCGUAGCAGAAGUUCAGAGACGUUUAUCUCCACCCGAGUGUCUCAACGCUUCUCUACUUGGAGGAGUAUUGCGCAGGGCAAAGUCGAAGAAUGGCGGCCGAUCCCUGAGGGAGAAACUAGAUAAAAUUGGACUAAACCUGCCGGCCGGUCGUAGAAAGGCUGCUAAUGUCACCUUACUAACAGCUCUGGUGGAAGGUGAGGCAGUGCACCUGGCCAGAGACUUUGGGUACGUCUGCGAGACAGAGUUUCCCGCGAAGGCCAUCGCCGAAUACCUCGGUCGACCGCACUUGGAACGAAAUGAGAUCAACUCUCGCAAAACCAUGCUGUUAGCGGCCAAGCAAAUCUGUAAGGAGUUCACGGAUUUGCUGACUCAGGACCGUUCCCCACUGGGAAACUCCCGGCCGGCUCCCAUUCUUGAACCCGGGAUCCAGAGCUGCCUGACUCACUUCAGCCUCAUCACCCACGGCUUCGGCUCCCCGGCCAUCUGCGCGGCCAUGACCUCGCUGCAGAACUACCUCAACGAGGCGCUCAAGCAGGUGGACAAAAUGUACGUGAGUUCAAGCGGAGACCCCUCGCAGGCCUCCUCCGACGGCACCAACAAAGUAGACAAGAUGGACAAACAUAGAAAGUAAGACUUGGAACCGGACGGGACCGUUUGAAAGCAAUAACCGUUUUUAUUGCGGAUUUACGUAUUUACCAGAAUUGACUCGUCGUUAUUGUAGAUGUUGAUUCCGUUUCGCUUCGUUUGUCGAACGUCGAGGUUAAGCUUAAACUCAGUGCCCUCUUUCGCGUCUUCCAGCACUUUCUUCUCCGCAAAGAUGUAAACACAUUUCAAUAUUCAGCCUCCGUGAGAGGCGUACGCCGAAGUUCCUUCUCGAGCGAUCCCUGCGGGCCGCAGCAUGAGCAAUGUUUCUGAUGAGCAUCAGGAAGUUGUUUUCUCAGAGGGGAACCGCAAAGAGGAAGCUGUUGAGUUUCCCAAAGACACCAUUUCAAGAGUUUAUGUGGAUUUUAACCGUGUUUUCCUACAAGUCUGGGAGGAGGAAGUCUGAUUUUUUCCGUGGUGCUGCACCUCCUAUCGGACUUACCAAGGAUGUGAUUACGUUUGAGACAUUAUAACUUGUUCUAAGCUUGACUUCAUUGGAUGCAGUGUUAUAGUUUCUGUCUGUGAGAGUGUUGUUGGCGUGAAUGAUAGCUCUGUGUGCAUGGGUGUCUGCGAUAAACAAACCCACUUCCACCGAUCAACAAAGCAUCUGGGAUUUUUGCCGUUUACUGGAGGAUCCUUUGAGUUUGCCCUAAAAUCUUCACAUACGUUAAUCCUUCAAUUUGAGACAUUUACGAGCAACGUGAGCGCAUCGGAUAUCACGCUGUUGGGUGUGCGUGUGCAUGUGUACGAGAGUUUGACCUUGUUUGCGUGUUUUGUCUUUUUCAUGCCUCUAAGUCCGACUAGAAGUUAAAUGUCCCUUAAAUGUCUCUUUCUCCUAAUGUAAAUAUUUUCUAAUUUAUGUUGUAAUUUAAUGGGAUAAUUGUAAAUAUUGGUACAAUUCUGGUGUUUGGUUUAACUUUUAAAAAAAGGCGUGUUAAGCUUUUAUAAAGGGGUUUGUUUUUUUAUCAUAUAGUGGUUAGGCUACGGGAAUGAUAUUCUUUAUAGAUAUGUGUAAUGUUGGUUAAAAGCUGUAGAUGACAUGCAGAAUAAAACACAACAGUCUUUAUUUUCAUU